AAUGGGUAUUGCUAAGACAAGAAGAGCAGCUCGUCAGUUAGUUACACACAAACAUAUCCUAGUUGAUGGUAUUUUGACAAACAUUCCUUCUAUGUUGUUAAAGCCAGGGUCAGUAGUGUCAGUUCGUGGUAAGUCAAAAGAAGUUGACGUAAUCAAAAGCAAUGUUACUGCAAAAAGAGAUGGUUCAAAGACAUUUGGUUGGAUAGAGUGGAACGGUGAUAAAAUGGAAGGUAGAUAUCUUGCACAUCCUGAAAGGGAAAAAAUACCAGAAAAUAUCAAUGAGCAGCUUAUAGUUGAAUUAAAAAUUAUCAUAAUGAGUAUUCUAAAUUUUCAAAAACCAGAGAAAAUACUUCUACAGAAAUCAGAUGAUUUUGAUGGUACUUUUGAAUUUAAGCCAUUAGAACAAGGGUUCGGUCAGACUAUAGGAAAUUCAUUAAGAAGAGUUCUUUUAUCAUCUUUGGAAGGUUAUGCAAUUUCUGCUAUAAGAAUAGCGGGCGUUGAUCAUGAGUUUUCCACUAUAAAAGGGGUUGUUGAAGAUGUUGUAGAUAUUAUAUUGAAUAUCAAGCAGAUUCGAUUAAAGCCAAUGGUAAUAACGGAAGGAUCUGAAGAAGAGAAAUUGUAUGUAACGAUUUCAGGUAAGGAUCAAUUUGUUGCAGGUGAUAUUGAAGCAAGUACUAAUACAUUUAAGAUCAUGAAUCCUGAUCUUUACAUAUGUACAUUAGAGCCUAAUGUAACUUUAGAAAUCGAAUUUACAGUUACAAAAGGGAGGGGUUAUGUACCAGCAGAUGAGAAUUUGCCAAAAGAUGCUUCUAUAGGUGUUAUACCUGUGGAUGCUAUAUAUACGCCAAUUAAGAAAGUAGCAUAUAAAGUUGAGAGUACAAGGGUUGGUCAGCGUACAGAUUACGAGAAGCUAACCAUUGAACUUAAAACUGAUGGAACCAUUCAUCCAGAAGAGGCGAUAAAAGAAGCUUCAAGGAUAAUGAUUCAACAUUUGAUGCUGAUCACUGAUGAAAAUAUUACAUUUAAUGAUUCAUCUUCAAGAGAAGAUAGUAUUGUUGAUGAGCAUAUUCUUCAUAUGAGAAAGUUGUUGAAGACUUCACUAGAGGAUUUAGAUCUUUCAGUAAGGGCUUACAAUUGUCUUAAGGCGGCCAAAAUUAACAGUCUUGGAGAGAUGGUUAGAUUUGAUAUGCAUGAAUUAUUGAAAUUCAGAAAUUUCGGAAAAAAAUCAUUAGUAGAGAUAGAAGAGUUGUUACAACAGAAAGGAUUGACCUUUGGUAUGGACCUUUCUAAAUAUAAACUUGACGAAGAGAAGAAAGGCCACAGAGAUGCAUUAUUAUUGAACAUGGCUAAUUCUUUGAUUCUUCAUAAAAGAAUCAAUACAACUUUGGCUAAAGCAAAAGCUUUGAGAGUUUUUGUUGAACCAAUUUUAACAAGAUCAAAAGACAAUACAACACAUUCAAGAAGAAUGGUAUUUGCGGAUCUUCAAAACAAAGCAGUCAUCAAUGAAUUGUUUGAUGUAGUUGCACCUAAGAUCGCGGAUAGACCGGGUGGAUAUUGCAGAAUUAUCAAGACUGGUUUUAGAAAAGGAGAUGCAGCAGAAAUAGCAAUGAUUGAGUUAGUUGACUUCAAUGAUGUAUUUGUAGCUAAAGUAGGUAAUGCAAAAGCUUCUAAUACAAGAAGAAGUAGAAGAAAGUCUGGAGGAGAUAGUAGCGUAUCAGCUGUGGCAGCAGCAGCAGUAGUUGCUCCUACUUUAAUAGAUGAAGUAGCAGGUAGAGCUGCUGGUAUUACAGGUACCACCUUUGGUGAAGUUUGUUUUAAUACGGGUAUGACGGGUUAUCAAGAGAUUUUUACAGAUCCUUCCUAUUAUGGUCAAGUAUUGGUAACUACAAAUGUACACAUAGGAAAUUACGGUAUUAAGGCGAGUGAUACGGAAUCAUCUAAAGUACAGAUAGCUGGGUUGAUUUGUAAAAAUUUUACAAAUGACUAUAGCCGACCUAUGGCUGACCAAGAUAUUCAACAUUAUUUUGAGGAAAAUAAUUUGGUAUGUAUAUACGAUAUAGAUACAAGGUCUAUUGUAAAAAACAUUAGAGAUAAAGGUGCAAUGAACUGUAUCAUCUCCAGUGAAAUCUUUGAAUUAGAAGUAUUAAAAGCCAAAUUGAAUGAAGUGCCUUCUAUGGAAGGAUUAGAAUUAGCUAGUCAUGUAACAACUUUAGAACCUUAUUCUUUGGGUGAUGAAAAUGCAGAUGUUAGAAUAGCUGUCCUUGAUUUUGGAACUAAGAGAAACAUUCUUAGAAGUUUGGCUGAUCGUGGAAGUUAUCUUAAGGUAUUUCCAGCUAAAGCUACAUUAUCGGAUAUGCAGGGAUUUAAUGCGGAUGGAUAUUUUUUGUCUAACGGUCCUGGUGAUCCUUCAUCAAUGGAGUACGCAAUAUCAACAGUAAAGGAAAUAUUAAAGCUUAAGAAGCCUGUUUUUGGCAUUUGUUUAGGUCAUCAAAUUCUAGCCUUAGCGAAUGAUAUUUCUACCUAUAAAAUGCAUCAUGGUCAUAGAGGUGCAAAUCAUCCUGUGAUAAAUAUUCAGACAGGC